GCCCUUAGUCUCACGCUCCGACGAUGCGCUCGUGAAAGCAGACGCGCACCGCUGCAGGAAAGGUGGCGCGAGUAGCUAGGGAUUAAUGAGUUCGAGAGGCUGUCCUUGAGUUCCUUUCACGAUGGGAGAGGAUGACAGUGAGUGGCUGAAUGUCAACGCAAUGCACUUUUUCAUUUCGCUGACGAUGAUAAUAGCUUUCGUGUUGCUGGUCGAGUCCCUCGUGACAAUCGCCGUGAUGAUGAGGAACCACGUGCUGAGGGAAAUGAACUGCGCCCAGUUCAUCAGCAACAUGGCCGUGUGUAGCAUCUGCAUCGCGGUCUUCCUCUUCACGUGGAUGGUCACCAAGCUAACGACCAGCGGGAAGUACAGCUGGUGGAGGUGUCUGACGUUCAAGAUCUCCGUCCGCUUCUUGCACACGGUGAGUGUGUUCAACCUGUGCUGCCUCUCCCUUGACCGCUACCUCUUCAUCUGCUGGCCGCUGCACUAUCACCAGCUGCUCACGCCCCGCCGCUGCAACCUGCUCGUGGCAGCCUGCUGGCUUGCGGCGGCCGGCCUGGUCGUCCUGCCCAGCCUCCCCACCUUCGACUUCUGUACGAAGCGCGACAACAAGUUCAGAGUGAGCAAGGCGGUCUUGAUCAGCUACAUCAGUGCGUACGGCGUCUCGGUGGUGGUGGUGGUGGCCUUGUACCUGCUCGUGGCCAGGGAGGUGUCCGUGGCCCUGGUGAGCGUGCGGGCGGACCAGGAGCGAGCUCGGAGGAAGACCAGGCAGAGCAUCUUCACCGUCGUCUUCAUGCAGCUGGUGCUCUCCGCGCCCGACAUGGUGAUCCAGCUGAUGAGCCUCCAGGAGAGCGACCACACCGUGCGGGCGGCCUCCUUGUCUCCGAUCCUGCUGCUGUUCGUCCAGCUGCUCUUCCUCCCCGUGUACGCGUGGAAGAACACCCUCUUCCGCGCGGCCAUUGUCCAGCUCUUCUCUCCCGUCGUGCGCUCCGUCUCCUGCAACGUCAGGAAGGCUUGUAGCAGGAGCAGUAGCAGGAGUACAGCGAAGUCUUUGGCAAACACCUCCGGGGAAACCGUAAUUGGAAAUAAUCAGGACCAAGAAGUGUAGAGAUAACGUCUCUUCAAACAAGGCGAAGACCCUACUGAACAUUUCCAAGACUUCGAUGUCUGUAGAUUUUAGGAAAACGUGAUUGCUGAGUUAUGUUUUCUCCAGAUACCAAAGAAGAAUACUAUACAAGAAGACAGAAUUACACCUCAUAUUGAAAACGUAAUAUGAUAAAUAUUUGUCAGGGAGAAAAAUAUAUACACGCGCACACAUACACGCACACAAACACACACACACACACACACACACACACACACACACACACACACACACACACACACACAAACCCAUACAAACACACACACACACACAGAGGUAUACGUGCAUAAGUGUAUCUCCCUACAAGUACUUUAUAUGUAUGCUAAACAAAUCACCCAGCGUAAUGACUAACCGUGUCGCUCAGGAGGGGGAGAAGUGGGAGCCUCAGGAAAGCCAAGGGAAAGGGAGGGACUCGGGAUACGCAGGUGCUCCUCAAUUUAGCGAGGAAGGGCGGAGGGAAUGUUGAUAAGGAAGGGGCAGUUCUUUCGCCCACCUGACAUGUUCAAGGAGCUGCCUUUGAUGAGGAAAUGUCUUACGUAUUCGCCAAAGGGAACGCUUUGUGCUAUCUUUGUGUGUGUGUGUAUUUUUUUUCUCUGAUUAUCUCUUUCUUUCUUUCUUUCUCGUUUUGAUUUGUUUUUUUUUCGCUUUUUUUCAUCCUCUCUCUCUCUCUCUCUCUCUCUG